AUGAACUUCGACGACCUGCUGAAAAUACUGGGAGAACUUGGAACAUAUCAAAGACAGAGAUAUGUCUUACUAUGCAUAGUGGCGGUUUACUCUGUUACAUCCACAGUUGGUAUUGUGUUUUACGGCAUAGAGCCUAACCAUCACUGCAAGAUACCUUCAGCAUACGUCGAUGUUGUCACCAGUAAAUAUGGGAAUGUUUCGCAGGAAGACCUGCUGAAUCUAACCAUACCAUAUACAGACAAAGAGGGAGUAAUAACCAGGCUGGUCCACCAAGUUCAGCACCGUGUCCAGAAGGGAGAGUGUACAGCUCUGGCCAGUAUGAGUCGACCAUCGUGUCAGAGUUUGAUCUUGGUUGUGAGAAUGCAUGGCAAAUCAGUACUUGCAAUUCAGUUUUCUUUUCUGGGAAAUUACUAUCUCUGUUUCUCACCGGCUGGCUGUCUGACAGCACUGGAAUUAGUAGGGGUCAGUAGAAGAAGGAUACCUGCGAUGGGCAAAGGGAUAUUUUUCGGUUUAGGACACGUAGUGAUGGCAGCUGAGGCUUAUUUUGUACGAAACUGGCGUCAUCUUGCGUUGGUGGCAAAUACCCCGGGAGUUCUGUUCGUAUGUUUUUGGUGGUUUUUCCCUGAAUCAGUACGAUGGCUCCUAGCACGCGGUAGACAUGAGGAGGCGGAGGUGAUCAUAAAACGCGUUGCCAAGGUCAACAAAGCGAAGUUAGAGCAAGAGACUGUAGAUCGUCUGUUCAAAGAAGGCGAGGAGGAUCACCGUGGGGCAACAUAUACCCACAUUGAGCUGUUCAGGACCUGGAGAAGGGCAUUUAUAACUUCGAUAAUGGCUUUAAUCUGGAUGGUGAAUAUGAUGUGCUAUUAUGGUUUAACUCUGAAUGCCAAGGGUCUAGGAGGUAGUCUAUAUCUCAGUUUUGCCCUACUUGGAGCAGCAGAUAUCCCAGGGCUAUUGGCAGCCGCCUUCUGCAUAGACAAAUUGGGACGACGGAAGACGAUCUUUGGGACAAUCUGUCUGGGUGGCAGUCUUUGUAUUGCCUCUGGACUGAUUCCAACAAGCAUGUUCUAUCUCACCAUUGCAUGUGCCGCACUCGGGAAAAUGCUGAUCACUCUGUCGAAGGCGGUUCUCAGCAUGUUUUUAGUAGAGAGUUACCCAACUGUUAUCAGGCACAUGGGUUUGAGUUUUUGUUCGUCGGUCGCCAGGCUUGGCGCCGUAAUCACCCCUCAGAUUCUAUUCCUAGGCCGUGUGUACAGACCACUUCCUUUCAUUAUUUGGGGGGCACUGGCCAUCUGCACCGGGUUCCUGAUUCUCCUGGUUCCCGAGACCCUGAACAAACCACUUCUGCAGACCGUGGAAGAAUGGGACGUCGUGCUUGACAGGAAAAUCUUGGGUUGUACUUCAAAGAAGGAUGGAAAUGAGGCUCGAGACACCACAACUACCGGUGAAAGUUCUUAUUUGUGA